AUGAGGAACAACUUCGACUCCCUGCCGCCUCCCGCAAUGGGCCGCAUACUGGGGAUAUUCACCACGUGCAUUCACGAUGGCGCCGCACAACUGAACCCAACAAUGAAGCCUGCAUACGCGACGGAGAGGAGAGGGACUGAAGGCCUGAACGUUGUCGCCGUCGUCGACGGGGCCGCCUUCCACGCCCUCCAAAAAAUGUUCAGCGGCUUCACCACCAUCGACGCGGUGCGCCAGCGCAUGAACGCCUUGUACGGGGAAUCCAUGCGGUUUGGGGACCCCGGGCCCAGCGGCCUUUUCUUCGCCACCACUGACGACCCGUCCUUCAACCUGGGCAUGGAGGUGUGCCAAGAGGUGGUGGCGACGUUCGAGAGCGACGGCUACGACGCCAUCGGCCACCCCAACGGAGGUGCGAUAGAAUAUACCGAGCACGAGCCUGUGAACGACGAUCAGGAGGAGCCGGGCUUUACCAACUGCGGCUCAGAAAUCCACGACCUGGACCACUGGCAGCCGCUCUGCGUUCCCGUCGAGAACGGCUCUUCUGUGUGCGAGGUUCAAAGUAUGCUGUCGCCCAAUGCGGGGAGGUGGACCACAUUUGUGUACGACGGCCAGGAGUCUUUGAAACUCCCAGGACCUCCUUCGUACUACGGAGAUCACGACGAGUACAUCAGACAGGCGCGAGAGGUUGCGGAGUUCUCCGCCAACAUGACGGACGUCGGCAAAGUGCUGGCGGAGCACUGGGCCGAUGGCCCCGACACCACAGCGCCCGGGGGCCAUUGGUACCGCAUCGCGAUGGAGGCCGCCAAGAACUUGGGCCUGGGCCUGUACGACACCGCCAAGCUCCUCUUCCUCAUGGGCAUAAGCCAGAACGACGCGGGCGUCGCCGCCUGGGAGUCCAAGCGCCACUUCGACUUCGCCCGCCCCAUCACCAUGAUCCAGUGCGGCCUGGGCGACGAGACUCUGGAGAGCUGGCUGGGGCCCUACCUGGGGCUUGGCACCUUGCCCGCAUCGCGGUGGCAGCCCUACCAGGCGACCACGUUCGUCACGCCCGCCUUCCAGGGAUACGUCAGCGGCCACUCCACCUUCAGCGGCGCGGGCGCGGGAGCCAUGAACCGCUUCGUGGGGGAGGAAUAUGUCGCCCCGAAGUGCCGCCGGAUUGAGGAAGGCGGCAGCCUCUUCGAAGGCAGGGUGCGGGAGGGGGAGCCUGGAUACGUGGAGGGGAUGACGGACGUGCCCAACAACGGACCCUACUCUAUUGGUUACGCGCCAGCGACUGACGUCGUGCUGUGCUGGGAGACCUGGGACGAGGCCGCCGAGGAGUCGGGGAUCUCCAGGCUGCACGGCGGCAUCCACAUCAUCGCGGACCACAUAGACGGGAAGGCCAUGGGCCUCAAGCUCGCCGACCUGGUCUACGAAAAAGCAAUUCAGCUGUGGACCUAG